AUGCCGGCUACGAAGUCAAUCCAGACAACACUGGCCCAGCCGAAGAGAUACCUCCGGAAACCCACAACUCUCAACACGGCCAAGAAAUGCCCCAAGAGAGCAACCACCCUCAGCCAUUUAGUCAAACACAGGAUAACCCAAUACACCACCACCACCACCACCACCAACCAACAACAACAACAAAAGUUCCACUUCUACCAACAAGCAUCACCAUCACCAUCUUCUAAUCCGGUUUCAUACCCACCACAAACAAAUCCUUACCCGACACAGCUACCACGUGACGCACCGGCACAACCACAACCAUCUCAAACACCGCCGGCAAACUAUCCUCCUCAGAGUCAGUCCCCCACAGCAGCAAGCUAUCCUCCUAAGACAUCGCCGGCAAACUAUCCUCCUCAGAGUCAGACACCCACACCAGAAAACUAUCCACCUCAGAGUCAUACACCUAGAGCAGCAAGCUAUCCUCCUAAGGCAUCGCCGGAAAACUAUCCACCUCAGAGUCAUACACCCACACCAGAAAGCUAUCCUCCUAAGGCACCGCCUGCAAACUUUCCUCCUCAGAAUCAAACACCCCAAGUAGCAAACUAUCCUCCUAAGGCACCGCCGGCAAACUACCCUCCUCAGACACUACCAGCAAACUAUCCUCCACAAUCCAACCCACAACUAAACCCUCCUUUUCAUCAGAACGGUUAUCAAACUACUCAGCAGCCGCCGCCGCCAGUGCAGUUUCCACCUGCGCAACCUGUUUAUCAACAUCAACCAACAGUACAGACAUAUCCUCAGACGUUUCCGGCCGAUCACAAACCAGGGGUUCAGCCGACCGUUGCGGCAGCCGGGAUUCCAGUGCAACAAUCUGGAAUGAUGGGGAGUUACGGUACCAAUGCCGGCACUGAGGCUUGGACCACCGGCCUCUUUGACUGCAUGGAAGAUCCCCAAAACGCUAUUACGACAUUUUUAUUUCCAUUCUUCACAUUCGGGCAGAUUGCAGAAAUCAUUGAUAAUGGCCAUACCUCAUGUGGGACGAGUGGAAUAUUCUAUGGUGCAAUCGCGGUGCUGAUCUACAUGCCGUUCCUGUUGUCAUGCACGUACCGUACGAAGCUGAGGAGUAAGUAUGACCUGGUGGAGGCUCCUGCACCAGAUUGGAUCACCCAUUUCAUCUUUGAAUGCUGUGCUCUGAGUCAAGAAUAUAGGGAACUCCGCAACCGAGGCUUUGAUCCUGCCUUAGGAUGGAUUGGAAACGUGUCUAGGAAUCAAAACUUGCAACAUCAGCAGCAGCAAAAGGUUCAUAUGGUGCCUCCAAUGAAUCAAACCAUGAGGGGAUGA